UUUCAGAUAACCUGAGCAACUCCAAGGCGAAAAGCAUGAUCACUGCGAUUAUUGUGAUUCUGGUUCUCGGUCUGCUGAGUUCCCUUCUGAGCUCUGGAUUUACCUGCACUAAUGCUGUCAGUAAUCCCUACCAGACGUUUUUGGGACCCACCGGAGUCUAUACCUGGAAUUCUUUAUGUGGAAUCUUCAUACUUUUAGCCAUGAUACUUUUUCCUGUGAACAUUGAAGAAUACAGCCUGUCUGUAGAAUUGGCCUAUGGAUGUUUCUCUUUUCUGCAGACACAUAUCAAAUCUGCACACACUUAUGGAUAUUCAUAUUGGAUCAUGCUGCUCAUCAUUUUUCUGAAUAUUGCCUCUGUCGUCAUCAUAUAUUUCUAUGACCAUGCAAGAUAUUCUAAGAAGAAAGAACAGGAAAGACCCAUCGAAAAUGCACCAAAAGACGUCAUUCUGUUUUAA